AUGUCUUGUCACUCACAUUGCUCUCACGAACACCAUGACUCGCCUCCAGUACCAACAAACGCUUCACAGACAUUGAUAGGUUACAUUGAUGUGGCUAAAGUGCGUGGUCUUAACGUGGCAAAUCCACCUGAGGAUGUAGUCAAGUUAUUCACCAAAGACAGAACUACUAUUGGACCAAUAGUACGCAGUGAUUGUGAUAGUCAGAUCAUCAUUCACAUUCCAUUCAUAAAUAGUUCGGUUAAACUAUAUCUGAUCUUGUUGAGAACCAGUCAAGAUAUCCUCCAUUGUCCCAAGACCAUCAAGUUGUACAAGAAUGACACGGAGAUUGACUUUGAUAAUGUGGACCAUAAGAAACCUACACAUAUAUUAGACCAUCCGCUUAUAGGACUAGACUUUGAUAUGGUUUCUGAUGAUACGGUGGAAGAUGAAGACGACGGAGUAGUGGAACAUUAUUUACCCCGACAAAAGUUUACCGGACUUACAAGUCUUACUAUUUUCAUAGCUGAUAAUUGGGCAGAAGAUGAUGACGAAGAGGUGGAAUUGAGUCGCAUAGAAUUGAGAGGUUCGGCUACAGAAUUACGCAAAGAAGCAGUGGUCGCAUUAUAUGAACUGGCAGCUAAUCCUGCUGACCAUAAUAUUGAGUUCUUGAAGGAAACUGGUACCCAGGGGUUAUGA